AGUCGGGGCGGAAGUGAAGGGGUUUACGCAUCCGGGCUCCCAGACAAGGUGCCCGGAGGCGGGGAAGUGGGCGAAAGGAGCGAAGGAGGGCGCGCCAAACAGAAACAUAACGGAGCCAGAGGCUGCGGAGGAGGAAGGAGCCCUGGGCCCAGUCCUGACAGUGUGUAGAGGUCUUUGCCUUUGGAAACUUACCUGAACGGCUUUGAUGCUUGAUGAGUCUUCCAAAAAGAAGAAAUGACUUAACCCGCCCUACUUUACUCUUCCAAUUUGGACAUGCAUCCUUUGUUAUAGAGAUGAAAACUUACGCAAGAUGGAAAGGCAUACCUGAAAGGGACCAUAUAAAAUAGGGGCGUGCACCUGGUGUUUGCAGAAUGGGAGUGCUUUGUUCUGUUAUCAGGUUUGAAAACCUCCAUGAACUGCGAAGACUGUGCCACUGGGGGCCCAUCAUAGCUCUCAGUGUAAUCGCAAUAUGCUCUGCCAUGGCUAUGAUUGAUGCCGUUCUGUGGUACUGGCCGCUAGAUACGACAGGAGGAAGCAUCAAUUUCAUCAUGCUCAUCAACUGGACUGUUAUGAUCCUUUACAAUUACUUCAAUGCCAUGUUUGUGGGCCCUGGCUAUGUUCCCUUUGGAUGGAAACCAGAAAACUCUCAGGACUGCAUGUAUCUUCAAUACUGUAAAAUAUGCCAGUCUUACAAGGCUCCACGGUCACAUCACUGCCGAAAAUGUAACAGGUGUGUGAUGAAGAUGGACCAUCACUGUCCUUGGAUCAAUAACUGCUGCGGGUUUCAAAACCAUGCCUCCUUCACUCUGUUUCUUCUGCUGGCUCCGCUUGGUUGUAUCCAUGCUGCUUUCAUUUUUGUCAUGACCAUGUACACUCAGCUUUAUAACAGGGUAUCCUUUGGUUGGAGUUCUGUUAGGAUUGAUAUGAGUGCGGCCAGAAGAGACCCUCGCCCAAUCAUUCCUUUUGGAUUAUCUGCAUUCGCUGCUUCUUUAUUUGCCUUGGGAUUGGCACUGGGGACGACGAUAGCAGUAGGCAUGUUGUUCUUUAUCCAGAUGAAAGUCAUCUUAAGGAAUAAAACUUCAAUAGAAUCAUGGAUUGAAGAAAAGGCCAAAGAUCGCAUGAACUAUUACCAAACAAAAGAAACCUUUAUUUUUCCUUAUGACCUGGGAAGCAAGUGGAAUAAUUUCAAGCAAGUUUUCACAUGGUCUGGAAUUUCAGAAGGAGAUGGCUUAGAGUGGCCUGUAAAGGAAGGCUGUCAUCAGUAUAGUUUGACGAUAGAGCAACUGAAACAAAAAGCUGAUAAGCGAGUGAGAAGUGUGAGAUAUCAAGCAAUAGAAGAUUACAACGGUGCCUGUUGCCCUCUUACAAAAGGCUUGAGGACUUUCUUCACAACUCCAUGCACUGAAGAGCCUCGAAUUAUCCUUUGUAAAGGAGAUCAGAUUUUAGCUACAAGAGGACUGAAGCAAUGGAUGUAUGGAGAGAAAAUCACUGACUUGGCAACGGAUGAUCAGUGUCGUAAUGAUGAAACCAGCGCUACUAAAAAUGGUGGUCCUUGGACAGGAGCUAGUUCCCAAGAUGGGAAGAGAGUCAGAGGUUGGUUUCCGAGGAGAUGUGUAGAGAAAUGCCUAUAUGAUUCUGAAACUGAUCAGCCGCUGGAUGGAGAAAAGAAAACAAGAUAGCCCUUCCACCUCCCCUUUUUAAAAAGUCAAAUGGAAAUGUUUUUGUUCAGACCACUGUCCUCUUACUUGAAAUGUUCUGUAUAUUACUCUAGACCUGAGCUUUGAACAAAGUGUGGUGUAUUCACAGGAAUGGGUGCCCCAGUGCCAUAACCUGAAAUACCUUUUGCCAUUUUUUUAAAUGGAGGAAGCCAUUCCAUGGAUGCCUUUUUAUAUUGAAGCUUUCACAGGUCCAGAACACAUUUGAUCUGUUUUCCUUUUUAAAAAUUACAUGAGGGUUUUUUUGCUUAGUUUUCAUAAGAUGUUUCUUUGUAUAUGUAGUCUGCUUUUCUCGUCUAUUAAUGCUAAAUUGCCAGUUGGCCCCUUUCAUUCCCCACUUUGGAAAUUGUAAGAUGUUUGAAUGAGUGAAAAUGUAAGUAGAUUUGAUACCUGGAAUUAUUUUGCAAUCAUGUGGCAACUUUUUUUGUGAACCAGAAAUAAACACCGAGAUGUAUUAUGUA